CGCGCCCCCUUACGCACCCAGCAGGGACUUCCGGAACGGACGCGGAGUGACGUCAGGAGGAGGGCAGCAACUCCAGAAAGUCAGUCCUCUUGCCGUCAUCGACUCUUUACAGACAGACAAACGCCGCUCCUUGGACGCCUCCUACACCUGCGGGGAGGAUCGUCUGAGCCGCCACCACCACGCACAGCCCACCGCAUCUUCACAAAGAAGCCGCGACUGUCUGCCAGGCUGUCCAGGAGGGUGGCACUGGGCAGUGAGUCGACAAAGCAGUGUCUCAUCGUCUUUUCCGAUUGGCUGAGUAGUGGGUGAGGACCAGUAGGCAGCUUCCAAGAUGGGUGAAAGGAAAGGCGUAAACAAGUACUACCCUCCGGAUUUCAACCCUACAAAGCAUGGCUCACUCAACAGAUACCAUAACAGCCACCCGCUUCGGGAGCGGGCUCGGAAGCUGUCCCAGGGCAUCCUCAUCAUCAGAUUUGAGAUGCCCUAUAACAUCUGGUGUGACGGCUGCAAGAACCACAUCGGCAUGGGUGUUCGUUACAAUGCAGAAAAGAAGAAGGUUGGCAAUUACUACACGACCCCGAUCUACAGGUUCCGCAUGAAAUGCCACCUCUGCGUCAACUACAUCGAGAUGCAGACAGACCCCGCCAACUGCGACUACGUGAUCGUGAGCGGCGCCCAGCGCAAGGAGGAGCGCUGGGACAUGGCAGACAACGAGCAGGUGCUGACGACAGAGCACGAGAAGAAGCAGAAGCUGGAGACAGAUGCCAUGUUCCGACUGGAGCACGGUGAGGCUGACCGGAGCACGCUCAAGAAGGCCCUCCCCACCCUGAGCCACAUCCAGGACGCCCAGAGCGCCUGGAAGGACGACUUCGCGCUCAACAGCAUGCUGCGGAAAAGGCUCCGGGAAAAGAAAAAAGCCAUGCAGGAGGAGGAAGAGAGGGACCAGGCCCUGCAGGCCAAGGCAAGCCUGGACAUCCCGCUGGUGCCGGAGACGGAGGAUGACCGCAGGCUGGCCGCCCUGCUCAAGUUCCACACCCUAGACUCAUAUGAGGACAAGCAGAAGCUCAAGCGGACGGAGAUCAUCAGCCGCUCCUGGUUCCCCUCCACCCCGGGACCCGGCGCCAGCAGCAGCAAAGCCAGCAGUGUCCUGAAGAAGCUGUCCCAGAACCGCAGAUCUGCUCCCACUGGCUCCCCCAUCACCGUGGGGCACCUGGGCAUUGUGCGGCGGCGGUCCCGGGAGGUCCCAGAGAGCCCUCAGCACACGGCUGAGACCCCCAAGUCUGGGGAGCCACGGGUGCCAGAGGGGACCGCCCAGGACAGGCCCACAUCCCCCAGAGACUGUCCUCAGGAGACCGCCAAGACCUGCAAGAACAGUGGGCCACCGGGGCAGGAGGAGAGCUGUCAGGACAGGCCCCAGCCCCUGCCAGGCUCCUCCCAGGAGGCAGCCAAUCCCCAGGACACACCACAGCCCUGCAGCCUCAGCUUCUCCCUCGUGGCUGACUACUCCGGUUCGGAGAGUGAGUGAUUCUGGGGGCCAGAUUCACUCAGGAGGCCGAGACACACCGAGGAGGCCCCUCACAGGCUGCAGCCCCUUAGCCCGCCAGCCCUUGAAGAGCUCGGUUACCACCCUCCCCAGACCUCACCUCCUCACAGUAAUAGAGUUGUUAUUUAUUUGGUCCUGGAGAGGGUGUCUGUGCCUUGUGGGACCCCCGACCUCCCAGCAUUAAAACCCUGCUUCUUUG